CAUCCUUUUCCCUGCUACGUCAUCUUCUCUUUCCUUCAUCUUCCACUCUCUCUUUCUGAAACCACUGUUGUCUACAUAAUACACGAACAGAGCAAGAUAGAUAUAUAUUCGCUAUAUCUGUCUGUUUUGCCAAGUAGCUGCAUUUUUUGGAUGAAUGCUGUGAAUAUCGGGGCAAGAAAAAAUCUGAUGGGAUUGCUCUCCCGAUCGGCGAUGUUGGAGGGUUGAACGGGGUUCUGAUUUAUUUAUCUAUUUUUUUUUUUUUGAAGAUGAUCCCUCUUGGGAACGGAGAAGUGGGGGUCCCACUUCCUCUCGAAUGGAAAUUCUCUCAGGUUUUUGGAGAGCGAGCGGCCGGGGAGGAAGUUCAGGAAGUUGAUAUCAUAUCUGCUAUUGAGUUUGACAAAAGUGGUGAACAUCUUGCAACUGGAGACCGUGGAGGCCGGGUUGUGCUAUUUGAAAGGACAGAUGGGAAAAAUUAUGCCUUCCGGAAAGAUCAGGAAAAGAUGGACUAUUCCAAUGCUAGGCAUCCUGAAUUUCGUUACAAGACAGAGUUUCAGAGUCAUGAACCUGAGUUUGACUACCUCAAGAGCUUGGAAAUAGAGGAGAAAAUUAAUAAAGUACGAUGGUGUCAAACGGCAAAUGGUGCACUUUUCCUUCUAUCAACUAAUGAUAAAACUGUGAAGUAUUGGAAGGUUCAAGAGAAGAAGGUAAAGAAGAUAUGUGAUAUGAAUCUAGAUCCUUCAGCAUCAAUAGGAAAUGGAAGGUUUUCUGGUCCAAUUGGGGCAGCAACUGACUUUGUAUUCCCCCCUGGAGGAUUUCCUUCUCUUCACUUACCAGUGGUAAUUGUUGGCCAUGAGACACAACUUGUUCCUAGAUGUCGAAGAGUAUAUGCACAUGCCCAUGAUUAUCAUAUUAAUUCCAUUUCAAACAACAGUGAUGGAGAAACAUUCAUAUCAGCAGAUGAUUUACGAAUAAAUUUGUGGAAUAUAGAGAUAAGUAACCAAAGCUUCAAUAUUGUUGAUGUGAAGCCUGUAAACAUGGAAGACCUCACUGAGGUUAUAACUUCUGCCGAAUUCCAUCCUACACAUUGCAAUACAUUAGCAUACAGUAGCUCAAAGGGCACAAUACGCCUUAUUGACAUGAGGCAAUCAGCUUUGUGUGACACACAUGCCAAACUGUUUGAGGAGCGUGAGACACCUGGUUCACGUUCAUUUUUCACAGAGAUUAUUGCUUCAAUAUCAGAUAUCAAGUUUGGGAAGGAUGGAAGACAUAUAUUGAGUCGUGAUUACAUGACCCUAAAGCUUUGGGAUUUAAACAUGGAAUCUAGUCCUGUUGCAACAUUCCAGGUGCACGAGUAUCUGAGGCCUAAGCUAUGCGAUUUAUAUGAAAAUGAUUCCAUAUUUGACAAAUUUGAAUGCUGCUUGAGUGGCAAUGGUCUCCGUGUUGCCACUGGUUCUUACAGCAACUUGUUUCGAGUUUUUGGAUGUGUUUCUGGUAGUAAUGAGGCAACAACAUUAGAGGCCAGCAAGAAUCCUACCAGACGUCAAGUUCAGACCCCUUCAAGGUCUUCAAGAUCAUUCACCAGUCUGGCACGCUCUCGUAGACGAGGAGCUGAGAAUUUGAAUGCAGAUGCAAAUGGGGGAGUGUAUGAUUUCUCAGCCAAGUUGCUCCACUUAGCAUGGCAUCCAACCUCUAAUGUUAUUGCAUGUGCUGCUGCUAAUAGCCUCUACAUGUAUUAUGCCGAGGAUGUUCCCCGGUGAAAGACCGGCUACUGAACAACUGUAGUGAUGAAGUGGGGUCCAUUAUCACUCAACUUGUAUUAUCAGAUGAAAUCAGUUUGCUCAAUUAAUUCUUUUUUGUAGAAAGAUUAAAUUCUUUCCGUGCUUUUUUAUUCAUCUUUGUUUUUUUGGAGGGGGUGUUCAGUUAAGUGUUAGUGCAAAUAUGUUAACCUUAAACAGGAGAGAAGUUGUACCAUGUGUCUCUUCGCUGGGAAAUAUGGGGGAAGAGCAUGUUGUGGUGGCAGGACUUUCAUUGAUUCUCAUAUCAAAAGCUUUGGUAAAUUCAUAUAUAUCUUGUUUGCAGAUCUCACACAGCUGAUGUUGUGGGCAGUUUGGCUUUGUAAAUCUAGUGGAGGAAUGAAAAUUCACUAAUUUGAUGUGUCA